UAUACAAUCUGUCAUCUUGAGGUGUGGUAGUCGUUCGGUUGGAUUAUGAUUCACUGAUUUAUUUGAUUACCGUAGUUUUGUAUGGUUUUUUGGGUAGUUUUUAAUUUUAAAUGUGAAAAUGGAUAGUCAAGGCAGAAAAGUGAUCGUUUGUGAUAAUGGUACCGGGUUCGUUAAAUGCGGCUAUGCCGGUAGCAAUUUCCCAGCUCACAUCUUCCCCUCGAUGGUCGGAAGGCCCAUCAUCCGCGCCGUCAACAAAAUUGGUGACAUCGAAGUCAAAGGGUUACACGUUGAUGAUUUGAUGGUUGGAGAUGAGGCAUCAGCACUUAGGUCACUUCUGGAAGUCAACUACCCCAUGGAGAAUGGUGUCGUCCGGAAUUGGGAUGAUAUGUGUCAUGUUUGGGAUUACACAUUUGGACCUAAAAAGAUGGACUUGGAUCCAAAGGAAACUAAGAUAUUGCUGACGGAACCUCCGAUGAACCCGAUCAAGAAUCGGGAGAAAAUGAUUGAGGUCAUGUUCGAGAAGUACGGAUUCGCUGGUAGUUACAUUGCUAUUCAAGCCGUAUUAACGUUAUAUGCUCAGGGAUUAUUGUCCGGAGUUGUGGUUGAUUCUGGAGACGGAGUAACGCACAUAUGUCCCGUGUAUGAGGAGUUCGCACUGCCCCAUCUGACCAGACGUCUAGACAUCGCCGGUAGAGACAUAACCAGAUACCUCAUUAAGUUGCUAUUGCUCAGGGGCUAUGCUUUCAACCACUCCGCUGAUUUCGAGACGGUGCGAAUGAUGAAAGAGAAGUUGUGUUACAUCGGAUACGACAUCGAGACUGAACAACGGUUAGCCUUAGAAACUACCGUUCUCGUUGAACCCUACACAUUACCCGAUGGCAGAGUCAUAAAGGUAGGCGGAGAAAGAUUUGAAGCACCCGAAGCCCUGUUUCAGCCGCAUUUGAUAAACGUCGAAGGACAGGGCAUUGCAGAGCUGGUGUUCUCAACAAUACAGGCGGCCGACAUUGAUAUGCGUUCCGAAUUGUACAAGCACAUCGUCUUGUCCGGAGGCUCCACCAUGUACCCAGGACUGCCAUCACGGUUGGAGAGAGAGAUCAAACAACUGUACCUGGAACGGGUGCUCAAAAAUGACAUCGACAAACUGACAAAGUUCAAGAUCCGCAUUGAGGAUCCGCCCAGGCGCAAAGACAUGGUGUUCAUCGGAGGAGCGGUUUUGGCCGAAGUGAUGAAGGACCGCGACACCUUCUGGAUGUCCAAGCAAGAGUACGAAGAGCAGGGACUUCAUGUACUCAAAAAAUUAGGCACAAGGGCUGGCUAGACCAAAGGCGCAUAAUAAUAAAACGUAUUAAUCAAUAAAACAAUUUAGUGACCUCUGGAAAUGAGCAUGCAUGAAAAGCGAUUGGUCAAAAAUUGAAAUGAAAUAUAUGCCACAUUUGAAGAUGAAUACCAUCAAUUAUUAAAACAUUAUAACUAUAAUUAUUAAUAUUAUUAUUUCAAUUACUUCAU